AUGCUCCGGCUCUCGAUUCUAUUAGUUGCCGCUGGAUCAUUUGUGUUUUGUGGUUACGACAAGGACUACAGAAUUAAGACGAACCGGAUAUGGGAGGAAGUGGAAGAGAAUACGUUUUCUGGACGUUGGCAAGAUUUGGAAACCGACCCAUACGAUAAUGUAGUUCAUUUUGAUGGAGAGACCCAUUUGGCAAAUGUGAAACAACUGACGUUUGGAGGAAUGAACGCCGAGGGAUAUUUCAGUUUUGAUAAUUCCAAAUUGACACUCCAAGCGACAGGAUACGGUACCGAUUGUGACCAAAUCUACGAACUAGAUCUGAACACUGACCCAAAACUUCAAACUUUGAAACGAAUCAGUACGGGACUCGGUGGAACGACUUGCUCUUAUUUCUACAAAGAAGCAGAUAACAACCAUAGACUAUAUGCUGGAAACUGGUGGAAUGUGAAGAUUGAUAACACAACCGAUGUCUCCAAAACGUGCCCAGAGAAAAAAUGUGCGAAUCCAAAAACUGAUGAGCUUAAGCAAUUGUGUAAUACAAGUUAUACUUGGGAUAUCUUUGAUGAUUAUGAUAUUUUCAAGGUUGAUCGUUACGGAAACUUUGUUCAACGACUCACUAAUUCUCCAGGAUACGACGCAGAAGGCGUGGUAUCUCCCGAUGGAACCAAGAUUGCAUUUACUUCGAUUCGUUCUGGAGACUUGGAAUUGUAUGUGAUGAAUACAGAUGGGUCUAAUUUAACUCGAGUUACAAAUACACUCGGUUAUGAUGGUGGAUCCUUCUUCACUCCGGAUGGAAAACGUCUCAUUUUCCGAGCAAGUCGACCAAAGACAGACGAAGAAAUAGCCAAAUACAAGAAGCUUUUGUCCUAUAAUCUCGUUGAACCAAUUGCAAUGGAGUUGUUCAUCGUUGAUAUUGAUGGAAAGAAUAUGAAACAAAUCACGAAGUUGGGAGAAGCAAACUGGGCACCUUAUAUGUUGAAUGACAACAAGAGAAUCGUCUUCAGUAGUAAUUAUGAUGCAGCAGCAAACGGAUUUGGUGCUUUCAGUCUGUAUAUGGUAAAUGUUGAUGGUACUGGAUUAGAGAGAAUCACAUAUGGAGAGAAUCAAUUCAAUUCGUUUGCCAUGCAAAGUUACGAUGGAAAGAAAUUGGUUUGGGGAUCGAGUCGGAAUGGAACACAAUACGAAUUGAAUCUUUUCAUUGCUGAUUGGAUCGAUUAUCCAAAUGCCACAUCAUCUACACCAACUGUACCAACAGCUUCCCCAACGACUCCGCAGGGUCCAGAAACAAGCACUAAAUCUUCUACUUCACUAUCACUUCUUUCAACGUUCUCACUUGUUGUUAUCGCAUGCUUUUACUAA